AUGUCUUCGUCAUCAGAAAAUAUCGAGAACACACAGAAUGAUAGAUCGGUUAGGAUAUCCCGCAAUGCUCCACGUCCAGCGUUGAACAACGUCACUAAUACCAUCGUGUCGCAACAGAAUACCGCACAGCAGACCUCGAUUAGAAGCCUGAAAAAUGCCCUGGCCAAGAGGGAGGGCAGUCGGAUCCCACAAUACAACAAGGACUCAUUUGUUCGGUCUAUCUUAUCCAGCGGAAAGAGCUUGACAAACAAAUCAGAAAACUUUAACGACGUUAGCUCGUCGUCUUCAGGUUCCAAUACUUCUCUGGGCAAAUUGAGCACUUCCUUGACUUCGGAAAAUAAAGAGAAUCAGGCUCCACUUCCGUAUGCUGCUAAUGCUAGAAGCUUACCUUCUAUCGAAGAAGAGGCUCGAGAUAAAAAUCACGAAAAGGAUCUAUUGCCAGAAUCACAGUCGUCUUUAAGCAGUAGCGAUAUCAAAUCAGAAAUAGAGGGUCCUCCCAGCAGGAUAUCUGCAAGGACAUUUGAUGCUGGGAAGAAGAGGCCAAUUUCUACUGUUGUGGAGCAAGAUGUGCCCAAGAAGUUCAAAGUAUGUGGCGAAGAUGGACAAGAAGAAUACGAAUGGGAGGACUUAGAUGCUGAGGACUCAAAUGAUCCCUUUAUGGUAAGCGAAUACGUCAACGACAUUUUCGAUUAUUUGAGUCAUCUGGAAGUUGUGACAUUACCAAGAGAAGAGGACCUCUACAAGCAUAGAAAUAUACGUCAGAAUAGAGAUAUUCUUGUCAACUGGCUGGUUAAAAUCCAUAAUAAAUUUGGUUUACUGCCGGAGACAUUGUACUUGGCGAUUAAUACCAUGGAUCGGUUUUUGUGUAAGGAAUUGGUGCAGUUGGACAAACUCCAAUUGGUUGGGACGUCCUGCCUAUUCAUUGCAUCCAAGUAUGAAGAAGUUUACUCCCCUAGUAUUAAGCAUUUCGCCUCUGAGACAGAUGGCGCAUGCACUGAGGAAGAAAUCAAAGAGGGAGAGAAAUUCAUACUGAAGACAUUGGGUUUUAACUUAAAUUACCCAAAUCCAAUGAACUUUUUGAGAAGAAUUUCCAAAGCAGACGAUUACGAUAUACAGUCACGAACACUUGCGAAAUUUCUUCUUGAGAUUUCUUUGGUAGACUUCAGAUUCGUUGGGAUACUACCGUCACUUUGCGCAGCCGCCGCAAUGUUUCUGUCAAGGAAAAUGUUGGGUAAAGGGAAAUGGGACGGUAACUUGACCCAUUACAGUGGCGGAUAUACCAAGGCUCAACUGGCUCCUGUAUGCCAUAUGAUAAUGGAUUAUUUGGUGAGCCCCAUAGUGCAUGAUGAAUUCCAUAGGAAAUAUCAAUCCAGGCGUUUCAUGAAAGCUUCAAUAAUAUCUGUUCAAUGGGCACUAAAGGUGAGGAAAAACGGGUACGAUAUAAUGACAUUGCAUGAAUAG